AUGCGCGCCCUCCAGGGUCUGCGGGGGCCCCGGGCGCCGGCCCUGCCGCUGCUCCUGCUCUGCUUCCUCGCCGCGGUGCGCCGGAGCUUGGAGGACGGCCUUUCCACAGCUGCACCUUUUACGAGUCUACCUGUCCAGGAAGAAAUUACCACAAAGUACUCUAACCUUUCUUUGGAGAGUCAUAACAUCUCAGUGACUGAACACUCCAGUAUGCCAGUAGAAAAAAAUAUCACUUUAGAAAGACCUUCUAAUGUAGAACUCACAUGCCAAUUCACAACAUCUGGAGAUUUGAAUUCAGUAAAUGUGACUUGGAAAAAAGGUGAUAAAUUACUUGAAGAUAAUUAUCUCGUCAAUGCAAUGGGAAGUAUCCUGUAUACCCAAUAUAGGGUCGCCGUCAUUGACAGCAAACAGAUGGGAAGCUAUUCUUGUUUCUUUGGCGAGAAAAAGCAACACAGGGGCACGUUUAAUUUGAAAGUUCCUGAAAUUAAUGGAAAAAACAAACCAUUGAUCACUUACGUGGGGGAUUCAGUUGUCUUGAUGUGUAAAUGUCAAGAUUGUCUUCCUUUAAAUUGGACCUGGUACGGUGCCAAUGGGAGUGUACAGGUUCCUCUUGGUGUUCCAGUGAAUGAUAAGUAUGUGAUCAGUGGAAAACAUGCUAAUGAAACAAGGCUGAAGAUAACGCAACUUUCAGAGGACGACCAGGGAACUUACUGGUGCCAUGCAAUAUUCGAGUUAGGGGAGAGUGGAGGACACGUUGAACUUGUCGUGCUCAGCUAUUUGGUACCCCUUAAAGCAUUUUGUGCAAUAGUUGCUGAGGUCGUUCUCUUAGUGACUGUUAUUCUGCUUUUUGAAAUGUAUACUCAAAAGAAAAAGAAGCCCUCAGAUGAUGGGAAAGAAUUUGAACAAGGUGAACAGAUGAAAUUGGACGAUAGCAAUGGUAUAGAAAAUAGUGGCCCUAGGCACAGAAAAAAUGAAUCCGUGGGCCAGUGA